AUGACCAUAAUGUUUGCUUCUCUCAAGUCACAUACAUUACUUGACUUUUCCAAUUGUGUUUUCACCUCCACAGAUAUCUGUGGCCAACCACAGACCUUCAGACUAGCAGACACUAGCUUGAGAGCUACAGAGGGGUCCUGCGUCGAAAUGAAAUGCAGUGUCAGUUAUGGAGGUGUCACUGCUAAUGCAUACUUCUUUUGGAUAAUGAAUUCAACUUGGAAUGACAAGGUGCUAAGUGGCACUGUCAUUUACAGCACAAAUGUUAGAGUACGUCCUGUCAGUCAAGGCUUUGCAGACAGAGUGACAUAUACCGGCUCUUCAUCUUCAACUUGGAACAGUUAUGACCCACCAGAGUCCUGCAGUAUUUCAAUUUGCAACCUGAAGAAAAGUGACAGUGGAGACUAUCUUUUUAGAUAUCUAGAUGAAAAGACACCUUAUAAAUACAUGACUGAUAAGUUGACCCUCACUGUUACAGCAAAUCCAUGCCCCAUCACUUUUGACAAACCGGCCGUCGUAGUUGAAAAUGCCCCUGUGACACUCAAAUGCUCAACUUUGAGUUCAUGUUCUUCAAACCUACAAAUUGGAGGUUUGGAACAACUUGAUCCAUCUCCGACCUCAGGGCCUCAACCACCAUAUACCAGAAAUCGGAAAACCACUACCGUCAGUUUUACAGCAAACUGGCAGGAUGAUGGGAAGGAGUUUUCAUGCCAAACACAAGACAACACCGACACACAUUUGAUCCGGAAAAUCAAAACAACUGUGGAAUAUCCUCCCAAAGACACAUCGGCUAAAAAAAGCAAUGAAAACGAUGUGGAAGGACAAACUGUGACUUUAACUUGCGCUGCCAAAGGAAAUCCUGCUCCCACCUUUACCUGGUUUAAAAAUAAAAAUGCAAAACUUGGACAAGGGGCAGAAUGGACGAUUAGAUCAAUUACGGAGUCAGAGAAUGGAGAAUAUCAUUGUGAAGCUACAAACAAAUAUAACACAGAAAAGUCCAACCCAGUCUUCAUAAAUGUUAAAUAUAAGCCUGAAGUCAGGUUGACGCCCUCUGCUUCUGAAGUAACACAAGGAGAUAAAGUGACUUUAACAUGUGAAGUGAAGAGAGCAAACCCAAACCCAGCUCCUUACAGCUUUACUUGGCUUCUAAAUGGUACAACUAUUGUUCAGGGGUGGACGAACCGGUAUGUCAUCGAACGAAUCGAGCCUGAGCAAAGAGGCAGAUACAAAUGUCAAACCACUAACGAUGCCGGUACUGGAACAUCAUAUGAACGUCAAAUUAAAGUUAAAUACGGCCCAAGGACGACGAAAAUAUCCAUCGGUCAACAUGAUAAUAAAGUGAAAGUUGGUGCCUCUCUGACAUUCACCUGCAACACUGAUGCCAAUCCUGCCCCACAUACGUACUUCUGGUCCCGCCGAUACAAGGAAAACCGUAAACAGACGUCACAGUGGCAGUUCAAGACAACUUCUACUGGAAAUGAACAAUAUUUAAAUUCAGUACAAAGAGGAGAUGAAGCAUGUUACACAUGCAAUGCAACCAACAACAUCAAUGGAGGGAAAGACAGUGAGCGGCUGUGCAUAGAAGUCCUCUAUGCUCCAACCAAACCCUUGCUGUCUAUGGUUACUGAGGCCAGGGAGGGUCAGCCCAUCACCAUCACCUGCACUGUUGAAAGUUCCCCACAGUCAAUACUGGAGUUGAUGAGGACUUCUAGUUCUAAUCCCAAAUCUACAAAAUGGCCUUACACUCCACUAGAUUUUCACGGCUCCCCCAACACUCUCCUGCACACAUUUAAUGUAACUUCAGACGACACAGGAGAUUACACCUGCAACGCCGCCAACGACCUCGGCUCAGAGAAGAGCAACCCAGUCAGGCUGGUGGUAAAAUAUCGUCCCAAAGACGUGACUGUAGAACCUCGACCGUCCCUUGUUGUGAAGGAAAACACGUCGUUGACGCUGAAGUGCAGUGUCAAAUCCCACCCAGCAGCAACAAGAGUCUCAUGGACGAAGACGACAGUUGGGAAAGGAAGUGAAAUCAUCCGGACGGGUUUGGAAUUCACUCUGAAGUCUGUCAGUCCUUCUGACAGUGGAAAGUACAGCUGCACUGCCACUAAUGAGAUAGGAACCGGAAACUCACAGCAAGCUGAGGUUAAAGUCAAGUAUGCUCCAAAACUCACAAAGAUCACGAGAGCAGCAGAGCAGCUGAAACCUGACGGGAGCAGAUCUGUGAAACUGAGCUGCAGCAGUGAAAGCUUUCCCCCAGUUACACAAUACUCAUGGUACAAGAUAAAUGCUAAGGGAGAGGAUACAAAAGUGUCUGAUGGUGAGAGCUACACGGUGUUCUCAGACAAGCCAGGAGACUACUACUGCAGCGCAAAAAAUGAAAUGAGUGUAAGAGUGACUAAAUCUGUCCCAGUCCAUCUGUUUGACGGAAGCUUGAAGAGGGCCCUGAUUAUUAUCCUUUUGGUUUUCAUCCUGCUUUUCAUUGUCGUAGUUGUCUUUGUCUACAGAUACAAGAGGAAGAAAUCAGCCCCCCAAGGAACGACCACUACACCUUCCUGUGUUGGUUUUCUGGGCGGGUGGAGCGGUUCCAGGAGGAAUCGGAUGAACAACCUGGCUACGGCAGAGCCUUUCAGGAGCAGAGACGACCUGCUGCCGGAGCAGCGGCCCUGUCCCAAGGCCCGGCGCUGCCAGACGCGUCCAGACAGCACCCCCAAACCCAACAUCGACAGUGUUUACUGUACUGUGAAUCUGCCCUCCGCAACACAAGGUCCUUCUGCAGCCAGGCAGCCACAGGACGACUCUCUCCACUACGCUUCUGUACACUUUGGAAAUAAGCAAAUGAACAAAGGGGCAAAAGUGGAGGAUGUUUAUGCCAUAGUGUCCAAGCAGAAACAACCUAAUAAGAAUGAGGAAACGCUGGAGGACUACGAGAACGUUAGCGCGGUGCACGCCAGAUCUCCAAACCCUCCAAACUACGACACAGACAGCAGUGAGGAGGAAGUAGAGAUUAAUUAUUCUGAGGUGAGCUUCAAACCGAAGCCUGGACGCCAGAGAGCCUGCAGGGACUCAGACAGCAGCACCUCUGACGAGGACCCCACCCAGUACUCAGACGUCAAAAUAUGACUCACAACAGCCACUCAUCUUACUGCGCAGUAACAAGUCAAGUAAGGAAAGUGUAUAUACACCAGGGGUCUCAAACUCGCGGCCCGCGGGCCAAUUGCGGCCCUCGUGACGAUAUUUUGUGGCCCCCACCUUGAUAUGAAAGUUUAAUGUGAGUUUUAUAUGAAUGGCACUUUACUGUGUUGUGUGUGGAAGGUCCCUUUUUGGUAAUUUUGUGUCUUUUUU